UCGCGGUUCGCGUACGACGUUUCAGUGAAUAUUCCAAUAGUUUCCAUAAAGAAAUAUAUUUCAAAAUCAAAUACAAUUAGCGAUUUAGCAACGUCAAAACGCAUGCGAAUUUGACAGUUGUUUUUUUUUUUUAUAAAAAGGCAAAGGUCCGCGUAUCCGUUCGGUUGUGUGAGUGUGUGAUAGAGUAUGUUGUUUUAAUAUUAUAAGUUACGAAUGGCGGAUUGUAGUGGGAUAUACAGCGUGAUUUAAAAAAGAUGGCGUAGAACUACAAAUUCAAGAUGGCAGCGGUGUCGACAACCGUACACCUGCAGGAUACCAGAAUAAAGAUUCAGGAUCAAAGCGAUGAAGACCAUGAGCCAUAUUCACCAAAUACAAGAGACACAAUCAGUCCCGAAUACAAUGAAGAAGAUAAAUUCGAAGAUAGAACGAUACAUACAUCCUCUUUCUCCAUACACAACGUUCUAAAGAAAGAACGAGACACAAAUAGUCCAGAGAAUGUCUUUUCAACAGAUAAACUAUUGCAGAAUACACCAAAUUUCGAUGAUGGUCAAAAUUCUAGGACGUCGGAAAGCGUCAGUCCGAGGCUUGAAGAUGAUGAUACGAUUGGAAAUGAAUACAGAGGUGAAAUAAGUGUGGAUGAUGAAAAUUCUUGCUGCAGCGAUGACACUGUCUUAUCCGUUGGUAACGAGGCUCCAGUAUCCAGUUACCAUGACAACGAGAAAAGCAGUCCGGACACCUCCCAAGGUUUAUCCUCCUUUAAACACAUACAGACACAUCUGAACGCGAUCUCACAACUUAGUCAGAACCUAAAUGUAAACCAACCUUUACUCCUCCGACCAAGCCCGAUCACCCCAAACCCUCUAAUGUUCCUAAACCAGCCGUUGCUGUUUCAAAAUCCAUUAAACCAAGUGGAUUUAAAAUCUGGGGUGAUACCAAAUAGAAUGCCAAUGCCACAAAACAAUUUAAAUCUUAAUACGCAGCAUUUUGGUUUAAAUUUCGGUUUAAGAAUGAAAAACCAAACAAUGGAAACGCGUCAUCGAAGCGAUGAGAACAGACGUGUUAAUUAUAGUACACCGAAAUCACCAGACAAUGAAUCUGGAAGGGAUUUCAUAAAUCAAAAUUGUUUAAAAUUUAGUAUAGACAAUAUUUUGAAGGCUGAUUUCGGUAGACGAAUAACUGAUCCGUUGACGAAAAGAAAGUCUUUAAAGUCGAGGUCGUUUGAGGCUAAAGUACCUGUAAAAGAGGCUCCAUUGCCCUCUAAACCGGAAGUGCUUGAGGCUAGAGUACCGGAGAUAAAACCUAUUGAUAAAGGGGCAAUUGAUCUUUCGAAAAGCGACGACGGUUCCAGCAACCAGAGUAGUACUACAAGUACAACGACCGGUGAGAACGGGCCAAUGGUGUGGCCGGCAUGGGUGUACUGCACACGUUACAGCGAUCGGCCUAGUUCGGGAAGAAGUCCUCGUACGAGAAGACCGAAGAAGCCGCCCGGGGAGGGACCCACGUCUGAUGAGAAAAGACCUAGGACUGCCUUCUCUGGACCUCAGCUUGCGAGACUAAAGCACGAGUUUGCUGAGAACCGUUACCUCACGGAACGGCGGCGGCAGGCGCUGGCUGCAGAGCUGGGCCUGGCCGAGGCUCAAAUCAAGAUCUGGUUCCAGAACAAACGAGCCAAGAUCAAGAAAGCCUCAGGUCAGAGGAACCCGCUCGCGCUGCAGCUCAUGGCGCAAGGACUCUACAAUCAUAGCACGGUGCCCCUCACCAAGGAAGAGGAGGAACUGGAGAUGAAGGCCAGGGAAAGGGAAAAGGAGCUACAGAAUAGACAUUGAAAGUGUGCUUAGUAAUCUUUUUGGUUAUAAUGCGAUUGUAAAUUCGAUUAUAAGGGUGGAUGAAAUAUCAUUGUUUGCGAAAGAAAUUAUUUAACUUAAAAUGACGAAUUACCAAUCUAUAUAUUAAUAAAAAUGGAGUGUCUGUAUGUAAUAUUAAAAAGGCAUAUUAAGUACACACGAUGUAUUUGCAUUGCUGAAAAAAUAAGCAAAAAUGUUUGUCUGUCUAUUGCUGAUGUACGCAGGCAUAUUACCUAUAGGUUACGUUUAUCAAUACUGCGCUCACGAAGUCGCAGGCGACGGCUAGUAUUAUGAUAUAAUUUAAUUUGGUUGGCCCUUUCGAAACAAUGUUGUUUUGACUUUUUAACAGUGGCGUUGCUUUACUUGACGACGAACUUUUGGCUAUCGAAUUGUUUAAGUUUGAAAAUUUGACAAAAUAAUCAUAGAGUUCAAGAUAAAACAGUUAAAAAAGAAACAAUAUAACUUCAAU